AUUUUGGCGGGAUGACGCAUAUCGCGGAUUUAAAGGAUUUCACUAACGACAAUGAAUCAGACGGUACCAUCGAGGUUGAAGCCGGAGCAGCAGCAGUUGAAGGAUUUGAUGAAUCAUUACGUGCACGAAUGUCAGAUAUUGUGGGCAGCGCUUUGUUAUCCAUCGACAAACAGAAUUGUAUCACUUGA